AUGGUGUUCAGGUCCCCGCUAGAGCUUUAUCCCACCCAUUUCUUCUUGCCAAACUUCGCCGCCGAUCCGCACCACCGCUCCCUCCUUCUCGCCAGCGGCGGCGGCGGCGGCGGCAGCGGCAGCGGCUCGGGCUGCAGCCCCGGUGCCGGCGGCGGUGGAGGCGGCAGCUCCCGGGCACCCCACGAAGAGUUGUCAAUGUUUCAGCUGCCCACACUCAACUUCUCCCCGGAGCAAGUGGCCAGCGUCUGCGAGACGCUGGAGGAGACUGGAGACAUAGAAAGGCUGGGGAGGUUCCUCUGGUCGCUGCCGGUGGCGCCAGGGGCAUGCGAGGCCAUCAACAAACACGAGUCCAUCCUCCGCGCCCGGGCGGUGGUGGCCUUCCACACGGGCAACUUCCGAGACCUCUACCACAUCCUGGAGAACCACAAAUUCACCAAGGAGUCCCACGGCAAGUUGCAGGCCAUGUGGCUCGAAGCGCACUACCAGGAGGCCGAGAAGCUAAGGGGUCGCCCGCUGGGGCCGGUUGAUAAAUACAGGGUGAGGAAGAAGUUUCCGCUGCCCAGGACCAUUUGGGAUGGCGAGCAGAAGACGCACUGCUUCAAGGAGAGGACUCGCAGCCUCCUGAGGGAGUGGUACCUGCAGGACCCUUACCCCAACCCCAGCAAGAAAAGGGAACUGGCUCAGGCCACGGGGCUCACCCCAACGCAAGUAGGCAACUGGUUCAAAAAUCGAAGGCAAAGAGACAGAGCAGCGGCGGCUAAAAACAGGCUCCAGCACCAGGCGAUAGGACAGAGCGGCAUGCGGUCGCUGGCAGAGCCCGGCUGCCCGACACACAGCUCGGCCGAGUCUCCGUCCACGGCGGCCAGCCCGACCACCAGCGUCUCCAGUUUGACAGAAAGAGCCGAGACGGGCACCUCCAUCCUCUCGGACAAGCACGAUUUCUCCUUUGCGCUUUUCCAUGGACGCAUUUCACCCACUUGCAUGAUGAUGAUGAUUAAAUUUGUAUCUGGGAAAAAAUAUUCUCUAUAGUAAAGGAAAACAAACAGAAACCAGACAAACAAAUGCAAAAACUCCGAUCGAAUUUGUACAAAAAUCAAAAAUAAAAAAAAUUAAAAGGAACUCCUUGAAGAGGGAAAUAACAAAUGUUUAUCGCCUUUUUGUUGGUCCUAUUUC